AUGUCCCUCCUUUCCGCCGAAGUGCACGCCGAGCUCACCCAGCUGCUCCAGGCCCUUCAGUCCGCCGACAAUGGCAUCCGCUCCCAGGCAGAAGAGCAUCUGCAGAACAGCUGGACCGGGACGAGGCCCGAGGUGUUGCUGAUGGGCCUGGCGGAGCAGAUUCAGGGUGCUGGGGACAACGCGACACGCUCAUUUGCCGCCGUCAUCUUCCGACGCAUCGCCUCCAAAACUCGGAAAAUUGAGUCCGGUGAGAAUGUGGACAUGUUCUACUCUCUGUCCAAGGACCAGGCCAUGGUCAUCCGCCAAAAGCUUCUCGAGACCCUUGCCACCGAGGCCGAUCGCAUGGUCCGCAACAAAAUCAGCGAUGCCGUGGCCGAGGUAGCGCGCCAGUAUACAGACAACAAUGAUGCCUGGCCGGAACUUCUGGGUGCCCUGUUCCAGCUCAGUCAGGCACCCGAGGCUGAGAAGCGAGAAAACGCUUUUCGCGUCUUCACCACAACUCCCAGCAUCAUCGAGAAGCAGCAUGAAGAGGCCGUCCUCCAGGCUUUCCAGAAGGGUUUCAAGGAUGACGCCGUCAUGGUGCGUCUCGCCGCUAUGGAGGCCUUUGCUGCCUUCUUCCGAACCAUCACCAAGAAAUCGCAGGCCAAAUACUACGCCCUUAUUCCGGACGUCCUCAAUAUUCUUCCUCCCAUCAAGGAGUCUCAAGACUCGGAGGACUUGAGCAAGGCUCUCCUCGCGCUCAUCGAUUUGGCCGAGACGGCGCCCAAGAUGUUCAAGCAUCUGUUCCAAAACCUCGUUCAGUUCAACGUGUCUGUCAUCCAGGACAAGGAGCUCGACAAUGUCUGCAGGCAGAAUGCCCUUGAACUCAUGGCAACAUUUGCGGAUUAUGCACCGUCCAUGUGCAGAAAAGACGCUUCCUAUACGACCGACAUGAUCACCCAGUGUCUGAGCUUGAUGACCGAUCUAGGUGAAGAUGACGAUGAUGCCGCAGAGUGGCUGGCCUCUGACGAUCUUGAUCAAGACGAGAGUGAUCAGAACCACGUCGCUGGUGAGCAAACGAUGGAUCGCCUCGCCAACAAGCUCGGUGGCCAGACUAUCCUAGCUCCGACGUUCAACUGGCUGCCCCGAAUGAUGACAUCGAUGGCCUGGAGGGACCGCCAUGCGGCUUUGAUGGCCAUCUCUGCCAUCUCGGAAGGCUGUCGUGAUCUCAUGAUCGGAGAGCUCAGCCAGGUUCUUGACCUGGUCAUUCCAGCACUGCAAGACGCCCAUCCCCGUGUGCGCUGGGCUGGCUGCAAUGCGCUGGGCCAGAUGAGCACGGAUUUCGCUCCCAAGAUGCAGACCGACUUCUACGACCGGGUUCUGAAGGCCAUUGUCCCGGUGCUCGAUUCUCCUGAAGCGCGUGUCAAAUCUCACGCCGCUGCUGCCCUGGUCAAUUUCUGUGAAGAGGCUGAGAAGUCCAUCCUCGAGCCAUAUCUCGACGAACUGCUGUCUCAUCUGUUCCAGCUUCUUCAGAGCGACAAGCGCUAUGUCCAAGAGCAGGCCCUGUCAACCAUCGCAACCAUUGCUGAUGCCGCCGAGGCAGCCUUCGCGAAGUACUACGACACUUUGAUGCCUCUGCUCGUCAACGUCCUCCAAAACCAAAAUGAGAAGGAGUACAGGCUUCUCCGCGCCAAAGCCAUGGAGUGUGCCACGCUCAUUGCUCUGGCUGUCGGGCGCGAAAGGCUCGGCCCCGACGCCAUGACUCUGGUCAACCUCCUCGCCAACAUCCAGACCAGCAUCACGGAUGCCGACGACCCUCAGGCCCAGUAUCUCAUGCAUUGCUGGGGCAGGAUGUGCCGAGUGCUUGGCUCGGACUUCGUACCGUUCCUGGACAGCGUCAUGCCCCCGCUUCUAGAGCUCGCCAUGGCCAAAGCCGACAUACAGCUGCUGGAUGACGACGAGCAGGCGGAGCAGAUGAACGGAGAGGACGGUUGGGAAUUUGUUCCGCUCAAGGGUAAGAUGAUUGGUAUCCGCACGAGUACCAUGGACGACAAACACAUGGCCAUCGAGCUUCUCGUCGUAUACGCGCAGGUUCUGGAGGGAGCUUUCGCUCCAUUCGUUGCCAACAUCAUGGAGAAGAUUGCCCUUCCCGGCCUAGCUUUCUUCUUCCACGACCCAGUCCGCUACAUCUCGUCAAAGCUGGUACCGCAGCUCCUGAGCUCAUACAAGAAAGCAUACGGCUGCCCGUCCAACGAGCUGGCCGGGCUCUGGAAUGCAACCGUGGACAAGCUGCUCGAAGUCCUUACUGCCGAGCCCUCCAUCGAGACGCUCGCUGAGAUGUACCAAUGCUUCUACGAGUCAGUCCAGGUUGUUGGCAAGGAUUGUUUGACUCCUGUACACAUGAGCCGAUUUAUCGACUCGGUCCACUCUGCGCUGGAGGAUUAUAAGGACAGGGUCGCUCAACGUGCCGAGGAAAGGGAGGGCGCCACAGCGGAUGAUGUUGAGGACGAGGCGGAGGAGACUUUGAUGGCGAUCGAAGACGACCAGACCCUCUUGUCGGACAUGAACAAGGCGUUCCACUCCGUCUUCAAGCACCAUGGCGCCGCCUUCUUGCCCGCCUGGGAGCAGCUCAUGUCGACUUACGAAGGAUUCCUCGCCUCGCCUGAUCCCACCCAGAGGCAGUGGGGCCUGUGCAUCAUGGAUGAUGUGUUGGAGUAUUGCGGGCCUGAGAGCAGCCGAUACGCCAACUACAUCUCGCAGCCACUAAUUGACGGAUGCCGGGACGCGUCUCCGGCGAUCAGGCAGGCGGCAGCAUAUGGCAUUGGCGUCGCCGCUCAUCGCGGCGGUGCAGCGUGGACCCAAUUCCUCGGCAACUCGAUUCCUUUCCUUUUCCAGGCGACUCAAGUACCCGACGCCCGGAACGAGGACAACAUCUACGCCACCGAGAACGCUUGUGCGGCGAUUGCCAAGAUUCUGCAUUACAACUCGGGGAGCGUUGGGGAUGCACAAACGUUGAUCACCCAGUGGAUCGACACACUCCCUGUCACUAACGACGAGGAAGCGGCCCCGUAUGCGUAUGCAUAUUUGGCUGAGCUUAUUGAUCAACGUCAUCCCGCAGUGAUGAAUCAAGCCAGCAAAAUCUUUGUCUUUAUUGCACAGGCUCUGGAGGCAGAGACACUGCAAGGCCAGACGGCGAGUCGUGUGGCGUCUGCCACGAAGACACUUCUUACGACUGCCAACGUGGAUCCGAUGCCUCUUCUGCAGCAGUUUUCUCAGGAUGCACAGCGAACGAUUAUGGGUUACUUCAGCUAG